CUCCUGACCCUGCCCACAAAACCAUUGCUUUCUUCCGGGACUUUCCUAACUCAAAACUGAACAAAUCGCCCACAACGCAUGCAACCGGACUUUAAAAAUGUCCUGGUAUCGUCUGUAGGCGGAACACUCCCAGCUAUGAAAGGGGUGGAAAUUAAGAUUUGGAGAGGGAGGGGGCUCAGGUAUACCCAUUUAUUUAUGUGUUGGCAAACUUGAAGAUAACAUGUUUGCAGAAAUCGUAUUCUAUGCAGGGAAGCAUACAUCUUUAUGACUUAAUAUGGAAGCGUGCACUGUUAUGCCCGGAGAGGAAUGCCUUACCAGCUAUCCAUCAAGCACACGAACUGCGCUAGAUAAAGGCAUAAGAAGGCUCCAGUGGACUGUCACCUGCUGUCUCAUUGGGCUAGUCAUCCUGUCAUUGUUCUCUGUUUAUCAGAUGAUUGCCGGAUAUCAGGAACAUUCCAAAGAUAAGGGUUCAACUAAAACUGGAUUGAGUCAGUUGUUGCAUGGAGGCCCAGGUAUGAAAGCUGUGCAUACAUCAGAAAGACCACGUGCACAUCUAACAGGUACCAAACAAGAUGACCAAAAUCUCAUUCUACAGUGGGAGGAUCAACGUGGACUAGCAUUUACCAAAGAAGGAAUGACAUAUAAAAAUCGAUCACUACUUAUUCCAAAGACUGGUGAUUAUUUUGUCUAUUCUCAAGUUUCCUUUCGAGCUAGUGACUCUAGCCAUAAAAAUAAAAAAUUGGAAUACGUAACACUGCAAAUCACAAGGGUAAAUAACAAUUAUCCAGAGCCAGAAUGUCUUCUUAGUGGAGCUAUAUCAAUUGACAAAGAAAGAGAGGAAUGCCAGACCAUCUAUUUGGGAGCUCUUCUAUCUAUGAAAGUAGGAGACAUGGUAUCAGUGAAAGUAAAUGAUAUCAAACUAGUUGAUGUCACUGUGGACCACAAAACAUUCUUUGGUGCAUUCCUGUCAUGAAUGCAGCUAAAAUCCUAACUUGUGCGCUGAAUGGAUGCCAUACAAUCAGACUAUACAUUCAAAAAUGAACUUCC